AUGGGGGGACCCUGGAACAGCUGCUCAGCUCUCCAGAGCCUCUGUCCUGGCCAGUCAGGCUCCAGCUGGCUCUGGACAUUGCCCGAGGCCUGCGGUACCUGCAUGCCAAAGGUGUAUUCCACCGAGAUCUCACAUCCAAGGGAAGGGGCAAGUAAGGAGCCAUUGGCUGUGGUGGGUUCCCCAUACUGGAUGGCUCCAGAGGUGUUGCGGGGAGAGCUGUAUGAUGAAAAGGCUGAUGUCUUUGCCUUUGGGAUUGUGCUCUGUGAACUCAUUGCCCGAGUACCUGCAGAUCCUGACUACCUGCCCCGCACUGAGGACUUUGGCCUGGAUGUGCCGGCUUUCCGAACCCUGGUGGGGGAUGACUGCCCGCUGCCUUUCCUGCUCCUGGCUAUCCACUGCUGCAGCAUGGAACCCAGCACCCGAGCCCCCUUCACUGAAAUCACCCAGCACCUGGAAUGGAUCCUGGAGCAGCUGCCUGAGCCAGCCCCCCUCACUAGGACUCCACUGACACACAGUCAGGGGUCUGUUCCAAGAGGAGGUUCCUCUGCCACACUUCCCAGGCCAGACCCCCGACUCUCUCGAAGCCGGUCAGACCUCUUCCUUCCCCCAUCACCAGAAUCACCCCCCAACUGGGGGGAUAAUCUAACACGAGUCAACCCUUUCUCACUACGGGAAGACCUCGGGGGUGGCAAGAUCAAGCUCCUGGACACACCCAGCAAGCCGUUCACUCCCCUGCCCCUCGUACCAUCAUCACCACUACCCUCCACCCAGCUACCCUUGGUGACCACUCCGGAGAAUCUGGUCCAGCCUGGGACGCCUGCCCGCCGCUGCCGCUCUUUACCAUCAUCCCCUGAGCUUCCCCGACGUAUGGAGACUGCAUUGCCAGGCCCCGGCCCUCCCCCCAUGGGCCCCUCGGCUGACGAGAAGAUGGAGUGUGAGGGCAGCAGCCCAGAACCAGAACCUCUGGGACCAGCUCCCCAGCUGCCCCUGGCUGUGGCCACAGACAACUUCAUCAGCACUUGUUCCUCAGCCUCCCAACCCUGGUCCCCUAGAUCAGGACCGCCCCUCAACAACAACCCCCCAGCUGUGGUGGUCAACUCUCCACAGGGGUGGGCUGGGGAGCCCUGGAACCGGGCUCAGCAUAGCCUGCCCCGGGCAGCAGCCCUGGAGCGGACAGAACCCUCGCCACCCCCUUCAGCCUCCCGGGAGCCUGAGGAGGGGCUGCCCUGCCCUGGCUGCUGCCUUGGCCCCUUCAGCUUUGGCUUCCUGUCCAUGUGCCCCCGCCCCACCCCAGCUGUUGCCCGCUACCGCAACCUGAACUGUGAGGCAGGCAGUCUCCUCUGCCACCGAGGGCACCACGCCAAGCCACCUACACCCAGCUUGCAGCUGCCUGGGGCACGCUCUUAGCAAUGAGGCCUGUGAUCUCAGGCCUCCAACUUUGGCCUUCUGGACACCUUGUGAGGACAGAGUGCACUUACCAGACAACGCCAGCCCCAGAUAGGCUGACCGACUCUUCUCCCCAUAUAGGGGAGCCUCAGCAUGGACUUGAGGGACAGAAUACAACCCCUGGGCUUGCUGUCCUGUGGGGAUCACUGAACCAGACACAGCACUGCUGACAUACAAGACUAACACGUGCAAAUUAUUUAAAAAUAUUUCAAUAAAACUGCCUGGCUGGC